GAUAGGAUUAUGGAAGAAUUGUUGGGAUACCUCUAGCAAUUGUUUUUAUUACAAUAACUUCACACAUUUCAAGUAAACAAAAGUUGGUUAAAGAUGGCAAUACUUCCCACUUUAGCUUGUAUCGUGUGUUUAGAAGCUCAGCCCGAAUCUGCAAAAAUUCUGAAUGAAUUAUGUUCAAAAAUUGUUGAAAAACUUAACAUUGUUGCACCUGAACAGCAUUGGAAAGAAGGUCAUUUAAUAUGUUGCAAAUGCGAAAUUCUGUUGGAAUAUGCAUUAGAAUUUAAAAACCUUUGCGUUAAAUUUGAAUCUCACAGAACAUCUCUAGCCAAAUACGAAAAUAUUGACACAGAUUGCGAAAUUGCUGCAAACUGUGAUUCCCCUGCUCAAAGUAUUAAACAUUUCCAAGAUGAAGAUGUUGCAGUCUACAAAACCGCGAGCGAUCAUUUUGAGUGCCACCACUGCAAAAGAGUUUAUAAAGUUCAGGAAAAGUUAAUAUUGCAUAUUGCCUCCAGACACGGCUUAGUCUGUGAGCACUGCAAUGAAUCAUUUCCUACAAAAAAAUCCCUAUACCGCCAUAUGCAAUCCAGGCAUAAGGAAAUUGUGGCGGCUCAAAGGAAAAAGCCACCUGACAAAUUUUUCUGCGAACUAUGUGGAGAAAAGUUCGCGUUGAAGAAACUUAUAUUGCAGCAUUACGUUUCUGCACAUUCCAUUGACCAAAAAGGGGCGAAACCUUACAGUUGUUUAUUGUGCGGAAGCAGAUUCGCAUCGAGCGCGAAUUUAAUUCAACACAAGAGCUACCACGAAAUUAGUAGGACACACAUUUGUAGUUUUUGUGGCAAGACCUUCAAAACCAAAGGUGAUUUAAGCACUCACGAAUCCAUCCACUAUAACGAAAGAAAGCAUAAAUGCCAAUCUUGCGAGAAAACUUUCAACACCAAUAAGAACCUCAGAACUCACAUUCUGGUAGUUCACACAGAUCCCAGUUUGUGGAAGUACUCUUGCCCCGAAUGUUUAAAAAGAUUUCCGCAGAAGUCAAACUUUGACGAUCACCUAAAAAGGCAUCGAAAUAGCCGAAACUUUUCGUGUCACAUCUGCAGAAAAGCCUUUAUUUCUAGGACUGAGUUGAAACGGCAUUUAAAACUACAUUCCAAUGAAAGGGAUUACAAAUGCAACGAUUGUGAUAAAGAGUACAAAGAUAAGAGAUCGAUGGAUAUACAUCUGACUCGAAUUCAUGCCCCGCACUUGGUCAAUGUCAAAAAAUUUUCUUGCCAUGUGUGUUCCAGUCAGUUUUUUGAAAAAUACAAAUUGGCUAGACAUAUCAGAACACACACCGGAGUGAAACCCUUUGCUUGUGAUUCAUGCGAAAAGCGAUUUGUUGACAAAAGUUACCUCAAUCACCAUUUCAGAACUGUACACAAUACCAAUGAGGUUCAGAUGGAACAAUUUGCAAAUUAG